CGCCUCUGGGCGCCCGUCACUUCCUGCUCGGCCCCGAGAAGGCCCUGCCGGGCGGCGGCGACAACACAAACCGAGCCAUGGUUGCGCUGGAGAACCCGGAGGGCGGCUCGGAGGAGGCGGCGGCGGCGGUGGGAAGCGCCCCAGGCGGGCGGCGGACGCUGCCCCUUCCGGGCUGCCUGCCCGCUCUAGCUGGCUCCCAGGUGAAGAGGCUGUCAGCGUCCAAGCGGAAACAACACUUCAUCAACCAGGCUGUGCGGAACUCAGACCUCGUGCCCAAGGCCAAGGGGCGGAAGAGCCUCCAGCGCCUAGAGAACACCCAGUACCUCCUAACCCUGCUGGAGACAGACGGGGGCACAGCUGGUCUGGACGAUGGGGACCUGGCCCCCCCGGCAGCACCCGGGAUCUUCGCAGAGGCCUGCAGCAAUGAGACCUACAUGGAGGUCUGGAAUGACUUCAUGAACCGCUCUGGGGAGGAACAGGAAAGGGUUCUCCGCUACCUGGAGGAUGAGGGCAAGAGCAAGACGCGGAGGAGGGGGCCUGGUCGCGGGGAGGACCGACGGAGAGAGGACCCGGCCUACACGCCCCGUGACUGCUUCCAGCGCAUCAGCAGGCGUCUGAGAGCCGUCCUCAAGCGGAGCCGCAUCCCCAUGGAAACGCUGGAAACCUGGGAGGAGCGAUUGCUGAGGUUCUUCUCUGUGUCUCCCCAGGCCGUGUACACGGCCAUGCUGGACAACAGUUUCGAGAGGCUCCUGCUUCACGCCAUCUGCCAGUACAUGGACCUCAUCUCAGCCAGUGCUGACCUGGAGGGCAAGAGGCAGAUGAAGGUCAGCAAUCGGCACCUGGACUUCCUGCCACCAGGGCUGCUCCUGUCCGCGUACCUGGAACAGUGCAGCUGAUGACAGCCCCCCCGCCCCCCCCCCCCCCCCGCUGCCUCCCCCUUGCCCAGACCUCAGAUACCAUUUGCUACAGUAUCUUUAUUAUUUUGAGAAUUUGUCCCUGUAGAUACGCUCUUCCCCUCGGGUGGCUCUCUCUCACUCUGGCCCCUUCCCUGUCCACCUCUCCCAGAUAAACGCUGGGGGCUGGGGUCACCCGGGACUGGCCUGGCCUUGCAGCUCCCCGCUCUGGGACUUGUAUUCGGGCGAGGAGACCCGGCCUGGUCAUCUCCGUGUUCCUUCGUUCUGCUUUUCCAGCCCCGUUUGAAGCUUAAGCGAGGAGUGAGAGGCUGGGUUUUUAUCACUUUUAAUGAAUUUGGCAUGAUUUGUUGUAGAUUUUUAAAUUUCCCUUUUGGGAAGAAAAACCAAAAACUUGCCCCAACUGAUAAACCGGGGGACUUUGUUCUAGUCCCUGCUUAACCCCCCCUUCCCAGUUUUUGGCUUGGGGGGCGUCUCUGGGGCUCUGCCCCUUUUUCCAGGAGUGUUUUGUGGUGUGCACGCGCAUGCGUGCGUGUGUGUGUGUGUGUGUGUGUGUGUCCCGCAACCUAGGACAGAAGCUACAUCUUAAAGGCUGGUCUUACCAUCUUUUUGGAAUGUGUGCUGUUCUCCCCUGGUGGCUUUUGGUGGCUCUUGUGGCCCUGUCUGCUCUGCACACCUCCUCCCUUCAUACUGGGGGAUCGGGACUUCCAGCCAGAAGCCUCUGCCCUCGGACUGCCCCAUUCCCCUCUUCGUGUCCCCUUGCCCCCUCCCCCCUGCCCAGCUCUGGGCUGUUGCCUUGGGGUGUCCUCGCACUGGUCACCCUGGUGUGUCCCACAGAGCAGAGCUGGGGGACACCCCUCCCGUGUGUGUGGCUGGUUGUGCUUUGGGAAAAGUGGAGAGUUCAAUAAAUUUCUGGUGCUCUGGU